AUGGGUGGGAUAAAUAAAGACGAUGUUGAGAAAUACUUAGAGAACAACCCCCAGUUUGCCAAGGAGUAUUUCGACCGAAAGCUGAGGGCAGAAGCGCUGGGAACCAUCUUCAAAGUCAGCCCUGGGGAAGUGAAGGAUGGAGUUUCCUUCAAGGAGAUGUCCCGGCUGGAGGAGUCUCAUGUGCUCUUUGAGUUGCUGACAGAAAUCCAGGAGGAAGAAAGCAGCAUGGAGAAGAUAGUGCACAAGGCCCUGCAGAGGCUGGCACAGCUCGUGGCAGCUGACCGGUGUAGCAUGUUCAUCUGCCGUGCCCGCAAUGGCAUCCCUGAGGUUGCCACCAGGCUUCUCAAUAUCACCACCACCUCCAAGUUUGAGGAGAACCUCGUAGCCCCAGACAGUGAGAUUGUUUUUCCUCUGGACAUUGGGAUAGUGGGAUGGGUUGCUCAUACCAAGAAGUUUUUUAAUGUACCUGACGUGAAAAAGAAUAACCAUUUUUCUGACUUUGUGGACAAGCAAACUGGUUACACAACUAACUGCAUGCUGGCAACCCCUAUUAUGCAGGGCAAGGAGGUGCUUGCUGUUGUGAUGGCACUUAAUAAAAUAAAUGCCCCCGAAUUCUCUAAAGAGGAUGAAGAGGUCUUUAAGAAAUACCUCAAUUUUGUUUCUGUUGCCAUAAAACAAUACCAUAUCACAUAUCUCUACAAUAUUGAAACCCGAAGAAGUCAGAUGCUUUUAUGGUCUGCCAACAAAGUAUUUGAAGAACUGACAGAUAUUGAGCGACAGUUUCACAAAGCACUGUACACUAUUCGAAUUUAUUUGAACUGUGAAAGAUACUCUGUUGGUCUGCUGGAUAUGACCAAAGAGAAGGAGUUCUAUGAUGAAUGGCCAAUCAAGCUGGGAGAAGCAGAGCCUUAUAAAGGACCAAAAACACCCGAUGGCAGAGAAGUCAUCUUUUAUAAGAUUAUUGAUUAUAUUUUACAUGGAAAAGAAGAAAUCAAAGUCAUUCCGUCACCUCCUGCAGAUCACUGGUGUCUUGUAAGCGGGUUGCCAACAUAUGUUGCUGAAAAUGGAUUUAUUUGUAACAUGAUGAAUGCACCAGCAGAUGAAUAUUUUUCAUUUCAGAAAGGGCCUGUGGAUGAGACAGGCUGGGUUAUCAAAAAUGUCCUGUCUUUGCCUAUUGUCAACAAAAAAGAAGAAAUUGUAGGAGUAGCUACAUUUUACAACAGAAAAGAUGGAAAACCCUUUGAUGAAUUUGAUGAACAGAUCACUGAAAGUCUUACACAAUUCCUUGGAUGGUCUGUUUUAAAUACUGACACCUAUGACAAAAUGAAUAAGCUUGAAAACAGGAAAGACCUUGCUCAGGAAAUGCUCAUGUACCAGACAAAGGCCACCCCUGAAGAAAUUCAGUCCAUAUUGAAAUACAAAGAGAAAUUGAAUGUAACCAGUACUGAAGACUGUGAUGAGAAAGCCCUCCUCAAGAUUUUGAGAGAGGAAUUACCUGAUCCAAAGGAAGUGGAACUUUAUGAAUUCCGCUUCAGUGACUUUCCCGUUACAGAGCAUGGCUUGAUUAAGUGCGGAAUACGAUUAUUCUUUGAGAUAAAUGUGGUUGAAAAGUUCAAAGUCCCCGCAGAGGUACUUACAAGAUGGAUGUACACAGUCAGAAAGGGUUAUCGGGAUAUAACUUACCAUAACUGGCGGCAUGGAUUCAACGUGGGACAGACAAUGUUCACCUUACUAAUGACAGGUAGACUAAAGAAAUACUAUACCGAUCUAGAAGCCUUCGCCAUGGUUGCAGCUGCUUUCUGCCAUGACAUUGAUCACAGAGGGACCAAUAAUUUGUAUCAAAUGAAAUCAGCUUCUCCAUUAGCAAAACUUCAUGGAUCUUCCAUUUUAGAAAGACAUCAUCUAGAGUACAGUAAAACUCUGCUACAAGACGAGAGUUUAAACAUCUUCCAGAACCUAAAUAAGCGCCAGUUUGAAACCGUUUUACAUUUAUUUGAAGUUGCAAUAAUAGCAACUGACUUGGCUUUGUAUUUCAAGAAAAGGACUAUGUUUCAAAAGAUUGUGGAUGCAGUUGAAAAAAUGCAAACAGAAGAGGAGGCAAUUAAAUAUAUAUCUAUCGACCCAACCAAAAAAGAAGUUAUCAUGGCUAUGAUGAUGACUGGUUGUGACUUGUCAGCUAUAACCAAGCCGUGGGAGGUGCAAAGUCAGGUUGCCCUUAUGGUUGCAAAUGAAUUUUGGGAACAAGGUGAUCUGGAGCGAACUGUGUUGGAGCAACAGCCAAUUCCUAUGAUGGACAGAAACAAAGCAGAUGAAUUGCCUAAGCUUCAAGUUGGUUUCAUUGAUUUUGUGUGUACAUUUGUAUACAAGGAAUUCUCAAGGUUUCACAAGGAAAUUACACCAAUGUUGGACGGUCUUCAAAACAACAGGGUGGAAUGGAAAACACGGGCUGAUGAAUAUGAAGAAAAGAUGAAAAUUAUUGAGGAAGAAAAGAAAAAGUUGGAAGAAGCAGCAGCCAAAAAAGCUGAACAAGACGCAGCGAAAGGUGGAGGAGGUGGCGGAGAUGAUGAUGGCAAAUCCAAAACAUGUAUAAUUUUGUAAUGCAUUUCAAUGGCACUAAAAAGAAUCUCAAAGUCUAUGUUUCUGCUACAGGAAAAAUAAAACAAAACAUCUAGAAAGAACUUCAAAAAGCCUCAGUGGAUUUCUGCAAAGCAUAGGGUAGCAUAGGCCAAAUAAUCCUCAAACAACUGCCAUCUAUUCAGUGUCAUUACUAAUGGCAUAAAAGAGGCAGAAUCCAUUGAAAACUAGAAAACAUGAAUUAUGGGGCAAAAUGAGUUGAUUAUGAGUUCAAUUCUUGGUAUUGUUUCUUGUCACUCAAUUUAUAUACUGUAUUUUUAUUAAAAUGUAUACAUGCUGCAGACCGUCCAGAAAACUAUAAAUGAUUUUUAAUGAUAGAUUAACAACCAGUAAUUUUGUAUGACAAGAUCUAAAUUGAACAUACCAGAAAUCAAAAAUUGCAGACAAUUUCAUAACUCAUAGCAUAACAUUUUUAUAUUAUGUUUAUUUCUUUCAUCUGGACUGAACUACAUCCCAUUCCUGCAUCCUCAAUUCUAGAUACAAUCCUGGAGUUGUCCCUUCCACCAGUUCAGAAGACCUAACCACUAGCAUCAGUCCUGUGCCUACAAAAUCAGGCCCAUGGCCCCCUGAAGCUACCACUGCCAAUCUGUAAUUGCAGCAGUGGCUUUGGAGAAACCGUUCCCUUCUCCAUAAGUACACAAUUCUGCCCACCAUUUAUCUGCCAAUGGCUCAUGAAUCUGACAUCCUAUAUAAACAAAAAUGGUUUCUUUACAUAAAACCGAAAUGCAGCCAUAAGAAUUGUAA